CUCUAACCUUUCGCAAUGCAUCAUCCACACCCAAUCUUUACAAGCUGGAGCCCUCCACGAUCGAAACAGCAUCGCGGAAAUGGGCAGAAAUACAGACAAGCUCUACAUCACUCACUCUGAAUGGGCAUCGUCCGACUCUUAUGGUAACUCGCGUGGCGCAAACACCGGCAAAGCGUCCGCGAAUGGCCUCGCUUCCACCUUCAAGCGCCUCCCCUUCAACUACUGCGCCGUCUCCCUCCAACCCUUCACCGAUCCUGUGUGCACAGCUUCUGGCUCCAUAUUUGAUCUCACACACAUCCUCACAUGGCUAUCUAAACACCCGGACACGAACCCAAUAGAUGGCACCCCACUGAAACGCGCCGAUCUAAUAACACUGCAUUUCACAAAAAACGAGGAUGGCGAGUAUGUCGACCCAGUCACGUACAAAGUCUUGACAGAUAACACACAUAUUGUCGCACUGCGCAAAAGCGGUAAUGUAUUCUCAUGGGAUACGGUUGAAAGAUUGAACAUCAAGGCGAAGAACUGGAAGGACCUGAUGUCGGACGAAGACUUUACUAGGAAGGAUAUAAUAACACUGCAGGACCCCCAGAACAUUGAGUCCCGCGAUUUCGGAUCCUAUAAGCACAUUCGCGACGGCGAAACGGUGAUACCAGACUUGGAAAGCAGCGUUAAUACAGACGCGUUGGGGAACGCAGGCAAGAUUCUCAAAGCAAAAGAAGCUGUCGCAAAAGCGCGCGCAGAGCGACUCGCAAAAGCCCAAGGCAAACCCUCGCCCUCGAACUCCGCACUGUCCGCACAAAGGACAAACGUAGCAGCGAAACCCGCAUUGACAUACACCGCGAAACCCGCAUACAAUGCCGCGGUCUACACCUCAGGCAAAGCCGCUGCGUCCUUCACUUCCACAGGCGUGACACCGCACACCUCAGGCGAGCGCGCCACACUCUCAGAUGAAGACUACAUGCUCAAGCCCAAACGUGUGAAACAGAAAGGCUACGCGCGCAUGUCCACCACUCUCGGCGACCUCAACAUCGAACUGCUGCCUGAAUUCGCGCCACGUGCGGUAUGGAACUUUGUGCAGCUCGCAAAGAAAGGUUACUAUCGCAACACAGUGUUUCACCGCAAUAUCAAAAACUUCAUGAUUCAAGGUGGGGAUCCUUCGGGGACGGGGCGUGGGGGGCAGAGCAUUUGGGGCAAACCAUUCAACGACGAGUUCGAGGGCCCCAAUACGCACAAUACUCGAGGCAUUCUGAGUAUGGCGAAUAAGGGGAAAAACACCAAUACCUCACAGUUCUUCAUCUCGUAUCGUCAACUGCCGCACUUGGAUCGUAAACACACCAUUUUCGCUCGUGUUGUUGGCGGCCUCGAUACGACGCUCAAGUCGAUGGAGCUCGCGGAGACGGGCGAGAAGGAUCGCCCUGUCAAGGACAUCAUGAUCCUAGACGUGGUCGUAUUCGUGGAUCCGUUUGAGGAGUGGCAGAAGGAGCGGAUGGAGAAGGAGCGCGGGGAGGUGGAGGCCGAGGAGAUUAGGAGACAGGGUGGGACGGUUGAUGAUAAAACGACAUGGACUGGCAAGCGGAUACGUAAGGAUGGCACGGUAGAUCAGGGCAGUGGGGAAGGGUUGGGGGUGGGCAAGUACUUGAAGGCUGCAAUGUUGGAGGAGAAACAGACGGACGAUGAGAUUGUGGGAUUCGUGGACGAGGGGGUAGUAGAGGAGCCUGCACGGAAGAAGGCAAAGACAGGAGGGUUUGGUAACUUCGAUGCCUGGUGA